UUGCGUCGUUCUCGCUUCCGUCGUCCUGGUCGUCGUCUUCGUUGCUUUGUGUGUGUGUGCGCGCGAGUGUGUGUGCUAUGGCUUUGGCUGAUGCUGAUGCAUAAAGAGUCCCGUUCGCAGGAUCCACUGUGGUUUGCAGUGCAGUGAAAGAAAAGUAGAGUGACACGUGCCCGAAAAUCACAACUCGCAAUCACAGCCCCGAGGCCCAGUCACAAAUUCAACCCCCUUGGAACUGACCCUUCGGUUGCGUAUCAUCUGAGUUUGGACCGAACGAAAACGAAAACGAAACCUAAACCGAAACCGAAAACGACGAAAAAACGCGAUGCGAAUUAAAGCUUUGCGUGGCAAAAUGCGCUAACAAAAAACCAGAAAAAAGAAAAUAUAUACAGAAGCUAGAAAAAAAUAAAUGAAAUACACACACAUGCACACAUCUAAAGAAUACAGCACGUGAAAGAAAGAAAAGCGGAGGAAAAUUGUGCUGGCAAAAGUUGCGUAGCAAAAUAAUAAUAGAAAAAAGCAAAAAUACGAAAAAAAUAAAAACGAUUAUCAUCCAGGCGGGUGUGAGUGAGUGUGUGUCGAGUGUGUGUAUGUGUGUAAGUGUUGUGUGUGCGGAGUGUGUGUUUGUUUUUAUAGGCUAGCCCUAUAAAUAACAUUGGCUAAUUACGGCGAAACAUGAAAAUCUUGGCCAAAACCGCAACACCGACAACAAAAACAACAACAACAAGUGAGGCCAAGGCGGCAAUUAAUCAAUUUUCCGCUUGACCCAUAAGCAAAAGUUUCCAUAUCAUAAUUACAAAAAAAACCAAGGAUACAAAACCGAAAGAAAGUAAGAAUAAACGAAAGCAUAUCCUUAAAUCAAGCAAAAAGAAUAUAAAUAAAGCAAAGACAAGGAACCAAAAAAUGUUCAAUAUAUUAACAAAUAAACACAAGACACAUCAAAAAAAGUAACAAAACCAAGCUGAAAGCUUAUUAAACAUUAAAGUUACUUUAUAAAAUAAAUAAAACAGAAAUUAAUCAAGUUUUCAUAUCACAAAAAGACUCAAUUAAAUUAUAAUUAUAAUAAAUUAACCAAUGACAACCUGUGAAAACCAUAAAACUUACCAUAUCACAAGGGAAAAAGAACUUAAACUAUAUGAUAUCGUUAGUCAAAACCAAACCACGCUGGGCUCCAGCCUAGAAAGCUCAACCGCAAACUAGAAGAAUCGAAGGAAAAGCCAGGAAAAUGCAGAUCAGGGGACUUGCAAUCCUGGUACUCAGCCUGCUGCUGCCUGAAGUUAUUCUGGGCAAUCGCUACCAUCAUCAGCUGCAUCUUUACGCCAAUGGAGUAGCGGGAGGAGGAGGAGCCGGAGCUGGUAGUUCCUCAACAUCUUCAAGUCGAUCCUCGCAGUCGUCCCAGAACGAGGUGUACUCCGUGGCGGACAGCCAGCCAAUGACGGAGGAUGGCUACAACCAGCACCACUACCCACCACCUGUCCACCAUUCCAUGGGCUCCGAUCUGGAUCCACCUGCCCAGCAGCUGAGCACCUGUCAGACGGUGUGCGCCUGCAAGUGGAAGGGCGGCAAGCAGACAGUGGAAUGCAUCGAUCGUCAGCUAAUCCAGAUUCCAGAGCACAUCGAUCCCAAUACCCAGGUGCUGGACAUGUCCGGAAAUAAGCUGCAGACCCUGUCCAACGAGCAGUUCAUCCGCGCCAAUCUCCUCAACCUGCAGAAGCUGUAUCUGCGCAACUGCAAGAUCGGUGAGAUCGAGCGGGAGACCUUCAAGGGUCUCACGAACCUGGUGGAGCUGGAUCUCUCCCACAAUCUCCUGGUGACCGUGCCCAGUCUGGCCUUGGGCUUUAUCUCGUCCCUGAGGGAGCUCACCCUGGCCUCCAAUCACAUACACAAAAUCGAGAGCCAGGCCUUUGGAAAUACACCGUCGCUGCACAAAUUGGAUCUGUCACAUUGCGAUAUUCAAACCAUUUCCGCCCAGGCAUUCGGUGGCCUCCAGGGUCUAACUCUGCUCCGAUUGAAUGGGAAUAAGUUGAGCGAGCUGCUGCCCAAGACAAUCGAGACACUGAGUCGUCUGCAUGGCAUCGAGCUGCACGAUAAUCCCUGGCUCUGCGACUGCCGCUUGAGAGACACGAAACUGUGGCUGAUGCAGCGCAAUAUUCCAUAUCCGGUGGCGCCCGUUUGCUCCGGCGGCCCCGAAAGGAUCAUCGAUCGCACCUUUGCCGAUCUGCAUGUGGAUGAGUUUGCCUGUCGACCGGAAAUGCUGCCAAUUUCCCAUUAUGUGGAGACCGCUAUGGGUGAGAAUGCCUCGAUCACCUGCCGCGCACGCUCGAUCCCUGUGGCGAAUAUCAAUUGGUAUUGGAAUGGGCGACUCUUGUCGAAUAAUUCCGCCUUCACUGCGUACCAGAGGAUACACAUGUUCGAGAAGGUCGAAGGCGGAUUCGAGAAGCGAUCGAAACUGGUGCUGACCAAUGCCCAGGAGACGGAUUCCAGUGAGUUCUAUUGCGUAGCCGAGAAUCGCGCUGGCAUGGCCGAGGCCAACUUCACGCUGCAUGUGAGCAUGAGAGCCGCUGGAAUGGCUUCGCUGGGAAGUGGCCAGAUUGUGGGCUUGAGUGCCGCCCUGGUGGCCCUGAUUGUCUUCGCCCUGGGGGUGAUUAUGUGCCUCCUGCUGAGGGUCAAACGGCAGCCGUAUGUGGACAGCAAGACCCCCAAUCACAUGGAGGUGAUAACAUCGGUCAAUCAUCAGAAUUCCAUAACGAACAAGACGCAGCCGGCAACGGGGAAUGGGAGCAUCGGUGGCGUGGUCAUAGCCAACGGAGCUGUGGCCAACAUAAUCGAUGGCAGUGUGGUUCAGGCCGGAACUCUGGAGCGGAAGACCAGCAGCGGAGGCAGGGGAGGAUCCCAUGUGGCACAUGACCCACGCAGCACGAAUCCCGUACAGAAACCACCGAGGCUAACGGAUCUUCCAUACGCCAAUCAGGGAUAUGAUAACAAUGGCAGUGUCCUGUCCACGGCCACCUGUUUUAUCUCACCCACUGGAUCAGCGGGAAAUGGUGGUAACAAUCCUGACCUUAUCAACGACACCCAGCGCUUCGGCAGCGAUGAGUUUGCGGAUCUGAAGAUUCCACCCAUCAGUGGCGGAGUGGGGGGCAGUGGGGAGUAUAGCCGCGCCAAUGGCUGUGACUCUCUGUAUCCCUCCGGUCUCUGGGAGCACAAUGCAUCCGUGGGCGCCACCUCGGCGGAUGAUCUGUUCAUGAAACGCUACACGGACAAGACACCCAUCAUCGACAGCUCCUCCACGCAGCUUUAUGAUUUACACGAGCGCACGGCAGCCACGGAUUACUUUAGCAAGACAUUUCCCAGGUCGCACCUCCAGCAGCAGGCAUUAACAUCGGCGGGAGGUGGAGGCGGAGGCACUGGUUCCACUGCCUCGACGGUGACCACAAAUCUUUCGGGUGGCUCCUCGGCGGGAGUUGGCGUUGGCGGAGGCGGUUAUCCCAACGACUAUGGCCUGCCCUUGGUGCCGGGAGCGGAGCACCAGCACAACCACCAGCUGCAGAUGCAUCCGCUGCAGCAGCUCCAGGCGCAGCUCACCUCCACGCUGAACCAUCAGAAGCAGGAGGGCAGCUCCACUGGCAGCAGUCCGCACUUCAGCAGUCGCACCCUGCCACGACUGCACGACGCCGGCGGCGGCAGCUCCUCGUCCCGCUCCUCGCCAACGCCCGCCCAGGCGAAUCCCAGCUCAUCCAGUUCCUGCUCGAUCCUGCCCAACGGUCAGCCCAUCAAUGCCAAGACGAUACGCGUGUGGCAGAAGGGCGGCGUGCCCGUCUUGCCACCGGUGACGGCCCUGAAACGGGCCCUUAUCAGCAGCAGUCGCAACUCGCCGGACGAGGGCUACCAGGAGGGAUGCGGAACGGACGUGUAAGCGGCGGAGACGGCUAGCCGGAAAGGAAACCAAACCAAGAACUGACUAAACUUAACACAGCGAGAGGGAGGUGGUGGAGGCAGCUGCUCCUCCGUUUAGGUAUAUAAAAACAUUCAUAAUAGAUAGCGCAGAGGUCCUAGGCGAGCAGCGAUUAUUAUUAUAUUGUGCAAGCGAACUGUUUGUGAUAGUGUCUGACAAAAAAGAUAAUGCGAAUGAAGAUAAUAAUUGCCCAAAGCAAAAGAGAAAAGCUAAAGCGAAAUCAACUGCACUAACACUAAAGUAUACUCUCUUCUUGGCAAGUAACUCAACUAAACUAAACUGAACUAAACUAAAGCUAAACUAAAUUAAAAUUAAACUACAACUAAAACUAAAUUGUAAACGUAAAGCCUAAGACUAAGAUAUGUACAGUACAUUUUCUUUAUAAACAAAAAAACAAAACAAAAACGAGCCUCAAGUCCCCAUAAAAUUACAAAAAACAAAAAAUAACCCAAUAAAUU